AUGGAAACUAGAGCAUUGAAUCGAAUGAAUGGAUAUGAGAUUUGGUUUAAUAUCUUUACCUUGGGAGUCACAUUAGAUAAGACUGGAUCAAUCUUAGAACAUGGUUGGUGUGUAUUUAUAGCAAAUCUUUGGAAUGGAUUUGAUGUUGCCUUCAUCUUGGGUUAUUUGAUUUAUUUAUCUUUAAGAAGUUCUGGUUUAUUUUAUUUAUCUCAUUGUGAUGUGAAAUCUUAUUAG